UGAGCAUAUCCCCAGAAGGGAAACGCGGGAUAGACAGCCCUUCGUUUUGGAUGGAUACGUCCAUUCACUGUCCUCCACUCGCGAAGCUGAGGCUAUUUAAACUCCCCUUUCACCCAACUGCAUCUGCUCUCUUUUCCUCUCUCUCACCCAUUAGUCUGUUAUUCUACUUAACACCCAAUAUUCUUACCCGUACCAGUCCAUAAUAAUCCUCCUAAUACAGCCCUACGCUCCAUUCACAAUGCACUUCAAGACGACCCUCCUUGUUGCCCUCUCGGCCCUCGCUGCUGCUCAGCAGUCUUCCCAGGCAGUGGAAAACCCCGCUACCGGCUACCUCGACCAGACUAACUCCGCCGGCGCCGUCACCGGCCAGCCUGAAGCCGUAACCUCGCAGCAAGCCGCGGCUACCUCGCAACAAGCCGCUGCCACCUCGCAACCCUCUGUCGUGACUUCCCAAGAUCUCCCAGCCGGUGUCUCGUCAAGCCUCAUCCCCUCCCAAACCUCCGCGCAGUCGACCCUGGUCACCUCUGCCGACUCGUCCUCCGCUGGUGCUUCCUCGACUGCUACCUUGACCUCUACCGCAGCCAAGUCUACCUCUUCCUCUUCCUCUUCUGACGAUGACGACGAUGACUCUUCGUCUUCGUCUUCGUCUAGCUCCGGCUCGGCUAGCUCGUCCACCGCCGAUGGUGCUGCUGCCGUUCCUACUGCAGGCUCUGUCGGGUUGACUAUCGGUCUGGCUGGUGCUGCUUUGGCUGCUUUGCUGUAAGCAUGAGUUGAGCUGGAUGGCCCUGUUCUCCUGCUCACACCGUAUACCCUUCGAUUGCCUGCCUUGAUGGAGAACAAUGAACCAUAGCCAACGGGAAGCUGGUCAUACAGUAAUGGAUUUAGGAUGAGACAUGCAGCUUGUUCUCUUUGUUGGAUAUGUGUUGGGAAGGGCUUUUUUUUUUUUUUU